AUGAAUGGUUUUCCCUGGCUUUUAUUUAAACAGUGCUUGGUGUACCCUGCUGUUAAACCAGCUACUCUUGGCAGAGUUCCCCCAAUUCUGCAAAGAAUUAAUCCAAGCCUGGGGACAAGUUCUUCUGGGAAGCCUCAAUUCACCAAGUGCCGUUCACCUGAACUGGAGACAUUUUCAUGUUACUGGACAGAAGGAGAUUAUCAUGACUUAAAGAUCCCAGGAUCUAUACAGCUAUUCUAUGCUAGAAGAAUUGCUCAUGAAUGGAACCAGGAAUGGAAAGAGUGCCCUGACUAUGUCUCUGCUGGAGAAAACAGCUGUUACUUCAACUCAUCGUAUACCUCCAUUUGGAUACCCUACUGUAUCAAACUAACUACAAAUGGUGACUUGUUGGACCAAAAGUGUUUCACUGUUGAUGAAAUAGUGCAACCUGAUCCACCCAUUGGCCUCAACUGGACUUUACUAAACAUCAGUUUGACGGGGAUUCAUGGAGACAUCCAAGUGAGAUGGCAACCACCACCCAGCGCAGAUAUUCGGAAGGGAUGGAUAAUUCUGGAGUAUGAAGUUCAGUUCAAAGAAAUAAAUGAAACUAAGUGGAAAGUGACGGGUCCUUUAUGGUCAACAUCAGUCCCACUGUACUCGUUGAGACUGGAAAAAGAAUAUGAAGUGCGUGUGAGAUCCAGACAACGGAACUUUGAAAAGUUCAGCGACUUCAGCGAGGUGCUCUACAUAACAUUUCCUCAGAUGAGUGCAUUGACAUGCGAAGAAGAUUUCCAGUUUCCAUGGUUCUUAAUUAUUAUCUUUGGAAUAUUUGGAGUAGCGGUGAUGUUAUUUGUAGUGAUUUUUUCAAAACAGCAAAGGAUUAAGAUGCUGAUUUUGCCCCCAGUCCCUGUUCCAAAGAUUAAAGGAAUUGAUCCAGAUCUUCUCAAGGAAGGAAAAUUGGAGGAGGUGAACACCAUCUUAGGCAUUCAUGAUAACUACAAAUCUGACUUCUACAAUGAUGACUCCUGGGUUGAGUUUAUUGAGCUAGAUAUUGAUGAUGCAGAUGAAAAGACUGAAGGGUCAGACACAGACAGACUUCUAAGCAAUGCCCGUGAGAAAUCGCUCAGUAUCCUUGGAGCCAAGGAUGAUGAUUCUGGACGUACCAGCUGCUAUGACCCUGACAUUUUGGACACCGACUUCCACACCAGUGACAUGUGUGAUGGUACCUCAGAGUUUGCUCAGCCACAGAAGUUAAAAGAGGAACCCGAUCUCUUGUGCCUUGACCAGAAGAAUCUAAAGAAUUCGCCUUAUGGUGCUUCCCUCGGCUCUCUGCACCCCUGCAUUGCCCUAACGGCGGAAGAUAAACCACAGCCGCUUCCGAGUAGUGAAAUUGAGUCAACCCACCAACCUGUCUCUACACAGAUAAGCAGUCCCGCUUCGCUGGCAAACAUCGACUUUUAUGCCCAAGUAAGCGACAUUACACCAGCAGGCAGUGUAGUCCUUUCCCCAGGCCAAAAGAUUAAGGCAGGGCUAGCCCAGUGCAACACACAGCCACAGCCGGAGGUGGCUGCACCCUGCCAAGAAAAUAACAGCAUGAACAGUGCCUACUUCUGUGAGUCAGAUGCCAAAAAGUGCAUCGCUGUGGCCCCUCACUUGGAGGCCACAUCGUGUGUAAAACCAAGCUUUAACCAGGAGGACAUUUACAUCACCACAGAAAGCCUUACUACUGCCCGGAAGUCCGAGACAACAGAGCUUGCUCCGGAUGCUGAGAUGCCUGUCCCAGACUACACCACCGUCCACACUGUGCAGUCUCCACGGGGCCUUAUACUCAACGCAACUGCUUUGCGUUUGCCUGACAAAAAGAAGUUCCUCUCCUCGUGUGGCUACGUGAGCACAGACCAACUGAACAAAAUCAUGCAGUAGCCUUUCAUAUAUUUCAAUGGCAAAGAAAAGGCUGGGCAUGAAUGCCUAAACCAAAACCAUGUUUAAAAUCUGUGUUGGGAGAGUGUGAGGGUGAGUGUGGAUUCUAAAAUACCUUUUCCGGAAAUGUUGAAACAUUAUCAUAAAGCAGAAAAUCAAGAAUGCUUAACCAGAUAGAUUCCCAUUGUGAAUUAUAAAUAUUUUUGAAGAAUCGUCUCUAAGACUGCUUAGUGGCAGUGAUUGUCUGUAUUGUGGGUCUUAAUUUUGUGAUACUAAGCAUUAAAUAGCUGUUUUUCAUGUAUGUAAAUCAUGCUUUUUGGAAAAGCAAAACAAUCAGGUAGCUUUUGCAGUUCAGGAAAUUGAAUGCAGAUUAUUAUAGCACAGGCUAAUUUCUUUUUCUCUUUUAAAUAACUGGGAACUAAAAUUCUAGGCGAGAAAGUAAGGCUAGUUUGGAUAUGUAAAACAUUUAUUUUGACAUAAAAUUGAUAAAGAUAUUUUUAGUAAUUUACACUUUAAGCAUGGCUGUUUUAUAAUAUACUACACACGCAUUGUAGUUCACAAUGAUCCAUCCAAGGAUGUAGCAACUACAGUGUAAAGAGGGUUUAAUGCUUUGGUCAAUGAACCUAAAGAAAGCCAACAAGUUAGAUUUUUUUACAAAGCCCUUUUUAUAACUCCUCAAAUUUCAUAACUCUACAAUGUCUAAUAACCUGCAUUAUUGGAACAAAGUCAUUUUAAAGGUUUAAAUAAAUAUUUUUAAUUUAUAAAAUUUAACAAUUUUUAUACAGAUCAACAUACCACACACCAAACAAUAACAGACAUGAUAUUAACAAAAGAAACCCUUUCUUCACCAAAUUUAAGUUCAAGCCACAGGGCUACACUCUAAGAGAAGUAGAAGUGAUGGUGGUGUUACUGGCUAGGAUGUGGAGGAGCUGUCAAAACACAUGGAGAGGGGUUUGGGGAGCCCGGGGAUUGGGAGAGGGAGACUCCCACACCCAUGCAGGACUGUCUCUUCAAACACAACUUGGUUUCUAUAGUCACCUAAGAAUUAAUACAUACAGAGAGAAACUCACCUGUUGAAGCACACUGGAUAAAGUUAACCAGGUAACAGAAUAGAAAGUUAAAGGCCUAGAUCUUUGUUUCACAGCCAGGCACAUACUUCUAAUUCAUGGCAAAAAGGGACAGAAUAAAUGAGUUUCCAGUCACAAAGGACAACUCAGUAUUUACACAAAUAGCAGAAGUUUUGUCAUCAAACCUCUCAUAAGAUAUAUUUUAAAUAGUAAGAAGAGAUUCAUCACUUCUUAUUUACCCCUAGGAAGAUUAGUCUCAGACAGGCAGAAAAACACCCAAUAUAAAAAUCGCUUUUUGAUUCCCAAAUAACAUACACAUAGUUCUUUGCGUUAGCCCCCUAAAAAGAUGUAUGAGAGAAAGAGGACUCUCAGCCCACUGAAGAAUACUUCUCAUUUUAAGUAUUUUUUUAAAAGCUUGAAACUUUAAAGUUUUAAUGGUAUUUACCAUUUUGCUCAGACAUCUGUGGGGAAAUAGGCUUAAUGUUUAGUGGUUUUAAAUUCUCCUUCACAAAGGAGAGACAGUGACAAUCUAGCAUUUGGUGUUUAAGGUUCACUGUGUUACUUUGUAAUAGAUUUUAAUAGAUUUUUCUGCUACUUUGCUGCUAUGGUUUCUCCAAUGGCUACAUGAUUUAGUUCAUAUGAAAUAUCAUCAACUUAGAAUCUAUUCAGCUUAAAGACAUGUGUUUUGAUGAACUAUCUUACCAUUUCACCAUAGGCUGACCAUGUUUCUAUAGCCAAAAAUAGCUAAAUACCUCAAUCAGUCCCAGAAUGUCAUUUUUGGUACUUUGCUGGCCACACAAGCCAUUAUUCACAGUAUGACUAGUUGUGUCCUGCAGUCUAUAUUUAACUUUCUUUUAUGUCUGUGGAUUUUUCCCUUCAAAGUUCAAUAAAUUUAUUUUCUUGGA